UCCCUCUCUUUUCUUUCUAUUUCUCUCUCUUUCUUCAUUAUUUUCUUUUCUCCCACCAAAAAAUUCGGCUUUAAUAUUUUUUCCUACUGCAGAGAAUUCUUUAUUCCCCCGAUUUGCUGCCCCCAUAUAUCUAUCUCUUGCCUGAAUAUAACCCGGAAUAUCGAAAUAUCCACCGCCUAAGAUCUCACGCUUACACGCUGGUCACCACUUGAAUAUAUCAGGGUCAAAGAUCUGAGAUUAAGCACUCAAUUUUACAAAUCUCAUAUUUUCCUUUCAGGUCUUUGCUUGCCUUGUGAUGGGUUGGAAAUACAAGUCUGGGUUGUUCCUCAUAGUUACUGUAGUUGUUAUAUGGGUUAUCUCAGCAGAAGUCACCCAGGACAUAUUUAUGGACUAUAAGCAGCCAUUUGCGGUAACUUAUCUUGGAGCUUCUCUUAUGGUAGUUUAUCUCCCAGUAGCAUUCCUUAAGGAUUGGUUGUGUAGUUUACUAAAACGUCGUUCUUCAAAAGGUGGCAAAAAUGCAGAAAGCAUGAAUGAAUUUUCUUCUGGAUUUAGUUCUCCUUUGAAGUAUGGUGGGCAGAAAGAAUAUGAACUGGAAAGUCAAGGGAUGUUAACUAGAAAAGAUAGUGAAGCAGACCUUUCACCCCCUGCAGAAGGAAGACUUUUGGUUUCUAGACACAAAGAUGAAUUACAUGUGCUGAAACAAGAGAGAAAGCUUACAACAAGGGAAGUUGCUACAUAUGGGUUCUACAUAGCCCCCAUUUGGUUUAUUACAGAAUACUUGUCAAAUGCUGCGCUUGCACGCACGAGUGUCGCAAGUACAACUGUAUUAUCCUCUACUUCAGGACUCUUUACACUUUUCAUUGGAGCAUUUCUUGGCCAAGAUUCUUUGAAUGUAGCCAAAGUUGUUGCUGUUUUUGUUAGCAUGGCUGGUGUUGUAAUGACAACUAUGGGAAAAACUUGGGCUACUGAUGAUUCAAAAUUAGGAUCUUCUGCCAAUGGGGAACGUUCUCUUGUUGGAGAUGUUUUUGGCCUCCUCUCGGCUAUGUCAUAUGGUCUAUUUACAGUGCUUCUUAAAAAGUUUUCGGGUGAGGAAGGAGAAAAUGCUGAUGUUCAGAAGUUGUUUGGAUAUAUUGGAUUAUUUACGCUUGUAGCACUAUGGUGGCUUGUUUGGCCAUUGACUGCUUUGGGAAUUGAACCAAAAUUUACGAUUCCUCACUCUCUCAAAAUGGACGAAGUUGUUCUUGCCAAUGGCUUUGUUGGAAGUGUACUCUCAGACUACUUUUGGGCAUUGUGUGUAGUAUGGACAACUCCACUGGUGGCGACCCUAGGCAUGUCACUCACCAUACCUCUUGCAAUGGUGGCUGACAUGAUGAUCCACGGCCGUCACUAUUCAGCAGUUUACAUUCUUGGCUCGGCUCAGGUUUUUGCUGGAUUUGUAAUAGCCAAUAUUUCGGAUUGGUUCUCCAAGAAGUUGGGCUUAUAGCAUUUUGUUCAAAUUUUCAAAGGAUUAGUUUGGCCACCUUGAGUCUUAUAUGGAGGUAAAAGAGACUGCCUCGAUAUGGAGUAUUGGAAUCUGUUCAAAGGAAGAAAAAAAAAGACGAUUAAAUUGAUAUGGUUCUAGAUUGUGGAAAAAAAAUGCAACAACCUAGGCUUGUGUUUGUCCUCUCACCAUGGUCUGGUUUGAGUGUUGAUCCCAUAAUGUAAUAAUUUUUUUUUGGGGGUCUUGCAUACCCUCAGUUUUUUCAGUGUAUACAAAAUUUGUUCAGACUGAUUGAUAUUUGACAAGGAUAAGUUCAAUUUAACUUACGGAUUAUCACCA